AUGAGACGUGCGACCACAAAUCAGCCUUCGGGCGUUCCUGAUGAUCGGCGGCGCAAGACAUUCGACGAGCAUGUUGACGCGAUGUUAGUCCAUUUCAAGGAGCAGCUGCUGCGGGCGCAUGAGCGCGAGAUGGGAUGGUUUUUGGGUUCGGGGGGGUCAUCGGCCGGUAGCAAAAAGCCGACUCGUGAGCAAGAAUUCAUGUCGCCGAUUCUGACGUCUUCACUGGCCUUGUCGGACGGCCCAUGGUCACGAGGUACUCUUCCAGGGCAGUCUACUCUGCAACCACAGCCUCCGAAAUGCAGUGGUGAAGCUGCAGAUGCUGCAGUUGAGAGGGUGACCACUAUCAGCAGCUACAUGAGCUCCAGAGCUUCACGAGGGUCGAGAGUCCGUGCCAUUGCAGCCCUUGGCGAACAAGGGUCCGACGAGGUAGUGCAGGCAGCAGCAAGAGCGGUCGCUGCAAGCCAAUUGCGGGCCAGCUCCACCGCAUCAUCCAUGGUCUCACAAGGAACCGUUACAACUCUGUCGGAAACCACGGCCAACAGAGUCGUGCUGAACUGGGCAGACAUUACGACACGCCUUUUGAUGGACAGUGAUGUCCCUAUGUUUAACCUUCAUCCGCGCUGGAACAGCUCGGCCUCGAGUACGUUGACGCCGCGAGAACUUCGUGAUUACGAUGGGGACAACAUGCGUGCAUCGAGGUCUUUGGCUUCAGCGUCGAUGGAUUAUGAGCCAAACCCGCAACUGGAAGGUCCAAGCGGUCGGUACAAGCUGUGCAGCAUCCAUCCACAUUCAAACGCCAGAUUGGCAUGGACGGUACUGACAUUCUUAGCAUGGACGUUCGAAUUUGUGACAGUUCCGCUUGAGCUCUCCAGCGAAAUCUCCAUUUACAAUCGGCCUCUUCUCGCAUGGUGCCUGAUGUUCAUUUGGACGCUGGACAUCUUCCUUAGCUUCCGCACAGGUGUUUAUGUUGAAGGGCGGCUGCACAUGGACUUCAGGACGAUAGCACGGGAGUAUUCCAAGUCAUGGCUGCUACUCGAUUUGAGUGUGGUCAUCGUUGAGUACGUGGCGGUCAUUACACAGCAGAUCACUCCAUCCACUGUCUCCUUGCUGCGCAGCUUUCGCUUCUUCCGGCUUGUGAAGAUGCUGCGCUUCAAAAGGCUCCAUGCAAUGCUGAACGAGAUACUCUUCGAGCGGGCCAAGGUUCUAACGGUCAACAUCUCGGUGUUCAAGACAUGCUUGGCCUACCUUGCUGGCCUGCACAUGCUCGCUUGCUUCUGGCUCUUCUUGAGGACGUCUACUUCCACAGGGAGGGACCACUUUGCGCAGCACGGCGUCGUUAUUGGAGAGAUGUCUGACACUACGCAUGCCUACUUGAUCUCGAUCCACUGGGCGUUGGACUUCCUGUUGUGGUGUGAAAUUGACUUGAUUGAUUCACAAACAGACCAAGUCAUAGCUGCACUGGCGCGCUUGAUCGGCUUCGUCGGCACAUCCAUAUUCUUAGCAAGGAUUGCAUUCCUGGUUCAGCAGUACGUUGACUCCAGACUGAACAACUUGCAAGAUGUUUGCAAUCACUUCCUGGAAACGCGCUCCAUAUCAACGGACCUUUCGGUGAGGAUGAAGAAGUUCGUGAUAUCCUGCUACCAGCAGUCGUGGUUGGAAAGCAAACUUCAGGAGGAGCUGGCGCUGUUUUCGAAAAUGCCCAAGAGCUUGCAGACGGACUUGUACGAAGAGUCCCGUGGACCAUUUCUUGUCAAAAGUGCAUUCUUGUUGGAGUACCAGGAGCGUUUUCGACCGUGUUUUCGGCAUAUCUGUUGCGAAGGGCUCGUUGAGGUUGUUGCACAGCGUCAAGAAGUGAUAUUCUCGAGUGGACAUCACAGCACUUCCAUGCUGUGCCUCGUAUCAGGGAUGUACAGUUACAAGCUGGCCAGGAAGCACACCUUGUUGGGACACCUCGGGCAACUUCUUGCACCAAGAACUCUACGGGCGAGAUCCACCCCAGUGGGACCUGCUCGUGCAAUCUGCGAGAUAGCUCUUUGGACCAGUUGGCUUCACACCGGCACACUGCAGGUCCUGCAGAGCGGUUACUAUUACACGGUGUCGGCAGAUGUGCUCGGAAAUAUAUUGGCGGCAUACCCAGAAGCCCAUCGAACCGCCGUUGCUUUUGGGCGCUUGGUGGUGAUUCGGUUGCACCAUGUGCGAAAUGAUUGUACGGACCUCACGCCCUUGGAGAUCGACUUCAGCCAGCUGCGCAAGGUCACAGCUCGAUUCCUCACAGCCGGGCACAUGAUAUUCCUGUCGCAUUUCAAGAAGGAAGCUGGGACGGAGGCGGCUCUCAUGCAGGAUGCUUUAAUGAACAAGAUCCAAACAGAUCCGCACCAUCCUGCGCAUUAUCUUGAGCAUCCAGUCUUCCUGGAUUCAGAGAAUCUCGAAGAUCUGACAAAACUGAGAGAUCAUAUCCACAAGAGCAGGAAUAUGGUGAUUUUACUGACGCCUGGAAUUUUCGAACGUCCUUGGUGUCUGGUAGAGAUGGUUUCUGCUUUCAAACAGGGUAAGAACAUCGUUCCAGUGGAGAUCCAAAAGCCCGACAUGAAGUUCGAGUAUCCAGAUGAGGACUUCCUCGCCGAUCUGAGCUACGGCGCCUUCUUCUCAGAGACAGACAUGCAGAUUUUUGCUGUCGAGCAGAUCGAGCUGAGUGAGAUCGAGGCAGCGAUUCGCCAUAUUCUCACCAAGAUUUCGGUGACCUUCUCGCCCCAUAAAGCGAGUUCCAUCAGAGACGUGGAGAUGAGGGCCAUCUUGCAGCGAUGUACCAUGUAG